AUGGCCAUCCCGCGACCGUCGCCCUCAUAUGCCCGUCCUCCUCCCGCGCCCUUCUCACGCCGCCAUCCCCACCUCUCCCUCCCUCGCCCCAACACCACAGACGUCAUCACGGGCGACGCGGACAACAACGUGACGGACCACAUCUUCGAGAAGAUGGGGUACGCGCUCCACAAGCGCCCGGACCAUCCCCUCGGCAUCAUCAAGGCUGUCAUCGGCGACUACUUCGACGAGAAGUUCGGCAAAGGCGAGUUCGCGACGUUCGACGACAUGUACCCCAUCGUCACCGCGCACGCGAACUUCGACUCCGUGCUCGUGCCCCCCGACCACGUGUCUCGCAGCGCGAACGACACGUACUACGUGAACAAGGACACCGUGUUGCGGUGCCACACGAGCGCGCACCAGGCGGAGAUGUUGAAGGACGGCGCGCGGAAAUUUCUCGUCACCGGCGACGUCUACCGCCGCGACUCCAUCGACGCGACGCACUUCCCGGUGUUUCAUCAGAUGGAGGGCGUCCGCGUGUUCGAACCGAAGGAGUGGGAGGACGCCGGCGUCGACGCCGUCGACCUCGCGAGCGCGGAGCUGAAGGAGACGCUCGAGGGGCUCGCGACGCAUCUGUUCGGCGACGUCGAGACGCGGUGGGUGGACGCGUACUUUCCGUUCACCGAGCCGUCGUACGAGCUGGAGAUCUUCUUCAAGGGCGAGUGGCUCGAGGUGCUCGGGUGCGGGGUCAUGGAGAUGAAGAUCUUGGAGGACGCGGGGCUCGGGGACAAGAGGGCGUGGGCGUUCGGGCUCGGGUUGGAGCGCCUCGCGAUGGUGCUCUUCGACGUCCCGGACAUUCGCUUGUUUUGGUCCGACGAUAAGCGAUUCACGAAGCAGUUCAAGGAAGGGAUGUUCCGCGCCGGCGGCGUCGGGAUGCAGAAGUUCAAGCCGUACAGCAAGUACCCGCCGUGCUUGAAGGACGUCUCGUUCUGGCUCCCGAAGGAGAACCCGGAGUCGUUCACGGAGAACAACCUGUGCGAGGUUGUCCGCGACGUCGCCGGGAGCCUCGUGGAGGAGGUGAAGCUCAUCGACGAGUUCGAGAACAAAAAGAAGGGCCUGACGUCGAACUGCUUCCGGAUCACGUACAGGAGCAUGGAGAGGAGCCUGACGGACGAGGAGAUCAACGCGCUGCAGGAUAAGGUGCGGGAGGACAUGGUGGCCAAGCUCGGCGUGGAGCUGCGCUGA